UUACAUCCUUUAAUAGAUUAAUUCAGUUGGUGAAGUAGUGCCGUUAGUACUUGUAUAUACUUAGUUUAUAAUAAUAUAACUGUAAUUUUUAUUUAAUCAUGAUGAAACGUAAUGUUGUUUUGUUUGGGCUCAUGAUAGGCUGUAAUCUCAUCAUGGCAGAAGAAUUGUUAUUGAGUUCCGCGCAUGAUAUGCGUACAGUUUUAACCCCUUGCGAAGAUAAUAACGACUGUGACGGUCUCCAAAGUGCGGUUUGUGUGGAAAAUCUUUGUUACUGCAACGGUAGUCACAUUUGUAUUGACAAAACAAGUGUCACGGUGACCAAAAUUGGGGAAAGUUGCAGUAGUGAUAGCGACUGCAAUAUCGAACACUCGGUGUGCAAGGAGGAGCAGUGCAGUUGCAUCAAGGGCAAAGUAGUGUCGGAGGAUAAGAGGAGGUGUUUAACAAGUAAGUCAACUUAUAAUUACACUGUAUAUUCAUAUCCAGGCUGUUGCAGGGUAAAAAAUGAACGGUCAAAUUUCAGAGGUCUUGGUGAGAAAUGCGCCCAUCACGGCGAAUGUUCCGGAACGGUUUUCGCCGAUUGCGUGCUCGGCAUCUGCAUGUGCAGAGAUAACUACGUGAAGAACAGCGUUGCCAACAAGUGUCUGGAUAUCGUGACGAAAAUCAACGGCCCGUGUUACGAGGAUGUGCAGUGUUCGCACAAGUUUGGCAAGGCGGAGUGCAAGGAAGGACACUGUCAGUGCGAAGAACUGUACGAGUACAAGUUUAAGAAGGAUAUGUGCGUUAGGGAUAUGCUGUUAGGGGAGAUAUGUAUUAACCACACAGACUGUCAUGGGAUAGAACCAGGACCAUCAAGGUUAGAGUGCAUUUUAGGCGAAUGUAAAUGCCAAUCUGAAUACGUCGAACAUUACGGAUUCUGUUCCAGUGAUGGUUUCAGAACCUCCAACAUUGUCGAACUCACAUUGCUCUGUAUUGUUGUUGUCUGUUGGUUCAUUUUCUCCGAGACUGUGGUCGUUGCAUGGAUAGCACUAGCCCUGGCAAUUUUCUAUAUGUUCUGGAUCAUGAUCAUAGGAAACUACUUCUUCGACAACAAUAAUUACAUGUGGAGGCCCGAGAGGAAUGAUUAAAUUUUAAGAUAUACUUUUUUAUUAGUAUUAUACAGGGUGGUCGGAAUUGUAAUCAUGAAAUUUUUACAACGCAUUCUGAAGAUAAAAUUAAGCAAAAGUUCUCAACCUGUAUAAUUUUUUUAUUUUUUUUGUUCUUGUUUUAUGUCUGUUUUUGAUCUGUUAUUUAUGUAUUAUUGGUAAAAUUAUUACCCCUUAUUUUUUUAAAUACGAAAGUUUAUUCAAUAUAUACAGGGAUGCUGAAAAUUUAAGACUUUUAGUAUAUUUUUAUUUAUAUUUGUAUAAAAUUUUAUGUCCCUUGUAUAUUUUUAAAUGGAUUUUUAU